ACUUUCAUUGAACUUAAGGAGGAAGCGAAUGUACUGUUGAAGGAAAGACGACAUUUGAAGAGGGAGUUAGCAUCUAUGCAGGUAACUCUGAAAGAACAGAGGGACACAAGGGAGAACUUAAAGAGAAUCAAGCUUGAUUUGAGUAUGCAAUCAGAAAAUAAAGUAGAUGCACCAUCAGAUGAACCAGAUGCAGCAUUUUCCGAUCAGUGUAAAAAGAUGGAAACAUAUUCUUUUGAUUGUGCACAUUCAAUUUUGCAAACACAUGGUCCACCUGAUGAGGUAGCAUCAUCUGAUUCCAAUAAGUUUCAAAAAGAUGUUGAGGCCCAGAAACAAUGCUUCAUGCUACCUGAUCUAAAUAUGCCGGCAUCUGAGGAAGAAAGGGGUUUUGAGACUACAUAUGGGAUGAGCUGA